AUGGCCUUGGUGCCUGUGUAUUGCCUUUGUCGGCAGCCUUACAAUGCGAACCACUUUAUGAUUGAGUGUGACCUGUGCCAGGACUGGUUUCAUGGGAGCUGUGUUGGGAUUGAAGAAGAAAACGCUGUCAACAUUGACGUCUACCACUGCCCAGACUGUGAAGCUGUAUUUGGGCCUUCCAUUAUGAAGAAGUGGCAUGGAUCAUCUAAAGAGUGUGAAGUUCUCAAGAGGGAGCCAGUAAAGACUGGGAGCACUAUCUUUAUCCACCACAUCCAGGGUAAGACUUUUGACAACUCGGACAAAGUGAUUUUGAAGCCCACAGGAAGUCAGUUGACAGUGGAAUUCCUGGAAGAAAGUAGCUUCAGUAUACCUAUCCUUGUCUUGAAGAAGGAUGGGUUGGGGAUGACACUUCCACCGACAUCAUUCACUGUCAAAGAUGUUGAACAAUACGUUGGUUCUGACAGACAGAUUGAUGUGAUUGAUGUGGCCUGUCAGGCUAGCAGCAAGAUGAUGCUGGGUGAUUUUGUGAAAUAUUAUUACAGCAGGAAGAGGGAAAAGAUCUUUAAUGUUAUUAAUUUGGAAUUCUCUAAUACUAGACUGUCUAAUAUAGUAGAGGUGCCCAAGAUAGUUCAUAAGCUUUCCUGGGUUGAAAACUUAUGGCCAGAAGAGUGUGACUUUGAGAAACCCAAGGUACAGAAGUAUUGCCUUAUGAGUAUGCAGAAUAGCUAUACAGAUUUUCACAUUGAAUUUGGUGGCACUUCAGCUUGGUACCAUGUACUUAAGGGUGAGAAGAUCUUUUACCUGAUCCACCCAACAGAUGAUAACCUGACUCUUUUUGAGAGUUGGAGCAACUCUUCUAACCAAAAAGAAAUGUUCUUUGGGGACCAGGUAGACAGAUGUUACAAGUGUUCUGUGAAGCAAGGACAGACACUUUUCAUUCCUGCAGGAUGGAUCUAUGCUGUGCUGACCCCUGUGGAUUGCCUAGCAUUUAGGGGAAACUUCUUACACAGUUUUAACAUGGACAUGCAGCUCAAAGCCUAUGAGACUGAGAAGCAUCAGAGUACAACAGACCUCUUCAGGUUUCCAAGUUUUGAGACCAUCUGUUGGCAUGUGGGAAAGCACAUCGUGGACGUCUUUGAAGGUUUGCGGGAGAAUGGGAGAUGUCCUGCAUCCUACUUGGUCCGUGGCAGUAAAGCUCUAAACUUAGCUUUUCAAGCCUGGACCAGGAAAGAAGCUCUGCCAGACCAUGAGGAUGAGAUCCCAAAGGAAGUGCAGACCGUACAGCUCAUUGAAGAUCUGGCUAGGGAAAUCUGUCUGGUUGAAGAUACCUUCCAACAGAACAUCCCAAAGACAAGUAAUACCUUUAGGCACCAGCAGCUCCACACCAAUUCCUCUUCCUUAAUUAGACCAGCUCUUUCCACUUCAGUAUCCAAGUCUACACUAUCACUGCCCUCCAAAAGUGGUUCAGAAAAGAAUAGCCCAAAGUAUAAAGACAUCUUCAAGAAGGAAAAAGAAAUGAACAAGGAGAGACCAGCUCUGAGGCCUAAUUACCAACAUAGCUGUAGUUUCAUGGAUCUAAAUAAUCAACAAUGGAAGGUAGGCUCUUCCCAAAACAUAGAGUUUAACAUCACCAGUACUUUUUUGAAUGACUUAGAUGAUGACUCAAAAUAUGACAAUGUCUUUGAAGAGAAUGAGAGCCCAGUGCCUCUGCUGAUAGCUAACGGCAGUACCAAGAGGGUGAAGAGCUUGUCCAAUUCUUGGAGAGCCAAAAUCACAAAGAAGGAAGAUAAAUCAAGGUUGGUGGAAGAACAAGUGAUGGUAGAAAAGUUUGACUUGGAUCCAGAUGAUGAGCUGCAGAUUGAUAAGAGAUUGGGCAAAGAGAAAGAGAAUCUGGUAGUAAGACCAAAAAUUACCCCAAAUUUGCCCCAUGUGAAGUUUUGCCCUGACCAAAACCAAAGGCAUGAACCAGGCGAAACCAAAAUCACCAUUAUAGAGAACUAUAAAACAGAUGAGGAAAUGGCGGAAGGGGUUGAAAGCAAGCUUAAGAAUGGAAGUGAAUCCGAUGGAAUUCUUGAUCCACUUAAGGCCAGGAAACAGGUGGGAGGACCUGGCAGUGCUGUCCUCACUGAUGAAGCAGAUUCUUCCAGCAAUAAGGAGGAUAUCCAGGAUACUGUGUUGAUGCCUGAAUUGCAGUCCUCACCUCCUUCACCAGCUCCCUCCAGCCUUCAGGCGUUUUUGAGUGGGGGACAAGACCAAGGCAACAAAAACCCCAGCAGUGUCUUGGGCACAGUGUCUAACAAACCUGUUUCUCAGCACACAACAAGGAAAUGGCCCAUCAAACGGCUAGCAUACUGGAGAACUGAAAGCAAGGAGGAAAAUUCCUGUGUGGUGGAGCAGGACGGCUUAGAAGGAUGCUUCAAGGAAGUUAAGUAUAUCUAUUUAUCCCUGGAAUCUGAUGACGAUGAUGAUGAUGACGAUGAUGAUGAUGACACUGAUGAUGUCGACAACGACGACAUCAAUGACAAGGACUACCACCAUCCUGUUUCGAGAUCUCGACCAAAGCAAAGGAAGAUAUUAAAUAAUGCCCCAAGAAUUUCUAGGGCAGGUAAGAGACCAACACGACGGAAGCGGAACCAUCCUGUGCGCAAGGGUAACAGUUGCCUCCAUUGA